AAAUCCUAUCAAAAGAGGGCCUCGGAUCUCACAAGAGUUGCAUGUGUUGAAAGCUGGUAUUGUCUCAGCUUUAAAAACCAUGAUUCGACCAAGGAUUGCGCGCCUAGGCGGCUCUGUUAUCCAAAGGGGUCCUUGGGGUGUGCAGCAGCGCGCCUUGUCACUCACAGGUCUAGCAAAAGCCGACUCGCAACGGUCCACCCUAUCGACAAUAUGGGUGCCAACUGGGGGUAUUACUGCCAAUGAAGAUGAGAUCGGCCACGGAAAACUUGUUCGCGGUGGUUUCCUCCGCCAGGCCCACUCUGGAAUUUUCCAGCUCCUUCCCAUGGGCCUUCGUGUUCAGGAUAAGAUAGAAAAGUUGAUCGAUAAACAUAUGCACUCAGUUGGUGCAUCAAGAUUAUCCCUGUCAACCAUUUCAUCAGAAGAACUGUGGCGAAGGAGUGAUCGCCUUGACUCUGUUGCGCCAGAGCUCUUUCGACUCAAAGAUCGUAAAGAGACUCCACUGAUACUCUCACCCACACAUGAGGAGGAGAUCACUGCACUUGUCGCUGGAAUCGUCAAUUCCUAUAAGGACCUUCCUAUUCGACUGUACCAAAUCACCCGAAAAUACCGUGAUGAGCGUCGCCCUCGCCACGGUCUUCUACGCUCACGAGAGUUCCUCAUGAAGGAUCUCUACACUUUCGAUCUCACAACACUUGAAGCUGUGGAGACUUAUCGUCAAGUAUCUGCAGCAUACCGCGCCUUCUUUGAUGAGCUGAAACUCCCCUAUCUUGUGGCCGAGGCAAGCUCUGGUGAUAUGGGCGGUGACCUAAGCCAUGAAUAUCACUUGCCAAGUCCUGUUGGAGAAGAUACCGUGAUAAAUUGUGGCUCUUGUGGCUAUACGGCCAAUGACGAAGUCGCUGCUCUCCGACCCCCCUCUACAGCAAACGAUGGUUCAGAGAACACUUCGGCGUCCCAGUUUCGUGUUUGGCGAGGUAUUUCGAAAGAUCGAAAAGCCUUGAUCAACGUUUGGUAUCCUCGAUUAUCGGAGGCCUCUGCAGAAAGCGGUCUCAGUCUUCAUGCCGUCAAAUCAGCUGUUUCUGAGCUGGACACCACCAUUGAGGAUCCUUUACCACUGUGGGGAGAAUCAUUGAAGAGCGGAACGACACAAGUGAUCAAUGUUAUUGAUGGAAGACUUGCGCCAAUGUUUGAGAGUGUUCGCGAUCAGUUACCAUUGCUACCCGAAGAUCUUCAACCAUACCAAGUUGAGUAUUCAACAAUUGACAGCACAGCCUCUGGUGGCGGACUGAAUCUGGCACGUAUCACUGAUGGCGAUGCCUGCCCUCGAUGUGAAGAGGGCGUAUUAAAACUCCAUCGUGCUUUAGAGUGUGGCCACACAUUCCAGCUUGGAACUCGUUACUCAGUACCAUUCGAUGCCUGUGUCACUCUACCACGCUCGGGGAUUCCGGCGGCAGCUGCAGAAGAGGGACUGAUUCCAGGGAGUCGUAUACCUAUUCAAAUGGGCUGUCAUGGUGUUGGCGUUUCGAGAAUCUUUGGUGCUGUUGCUGAGAUUCUCGCAGACGAGCAAGGACUGAAUUGGCCCCGAGCCAUUGCGCCGUUUGAGGUUGCGAUCAUACCUGCAUCAGACCUAGCCGAAGACUCUCUGAGAAUUUACGAUUUACUUGCCGCGGGCGACAACUCGCGUAAUAGCUUUGACGUUGUUCUCGAUGAUCGCCAGCGAUCAUUUGUCUGGAAGAUGAAAGAUGCCGAUAUGGUGGGCUUUCGAAGUUCAAUGUAGACGACUCUCGAUCAAGGAAACUGUAAAGCUUGAUGCUCUGCCAGAGUUUAUCUCAAAUUUGUUGGAUCAGUUGUAAGGAAGGGGGCCGUUUUAUUAUAACAUAGCUACAACUUUCAAGGCGAAUGUAUAUUAAAUAAAGCACGCUUCAUACAAAUAUAGAUAGAUAACAUCAGACAAAAGAGAAAAGAAAGAAAAUAUUCAUCUCAUAAAGUAGAAAAUCAAGUAUCUGGGGGGGAACGGGGGCUACUAAUUGGAUUAUAAUGUAGGUAGGUUGGUUCGUAAGUGCCCAGGCAGAUAGGCGACAGUGCCUAUAGCA